GCGUUUUGACGAGGCUCGGGUAGUGGAGCGCUGGGCCGUCAGGCUGCUUGACUGGCUGCCUUAGGCGGCUGGGCCGCGAAGCUAGGGCUUCCAGUCCCGGUAGGCAAGUUGCCCUCUCCAGCUGUUUCACUAGUAGAGUGUCCCCCAAAACCCGCGAACCGGACUUGCUUAGUGGAGACGCGGUCCCCCAGCGCUUGGUUCACAGUCGUCUUGGCCCGCUCCUGCGUCUCUGGAGAUCGGCCGGCUGAGCAGCUGGGAGAAGCAGGCCAGAGGCUUCGAGGGCCUGGGGCCCGGGGACCCCAGGAGGAUGAGCUGGCUCUUUCCCUUAACCAAAAGCGCCGCCUCCUCCGCAGCUGGGUCCCCCAGUGGCCUCACCAGCCUCCAACAGCAGAAGCAGCGCUUGAUCGAGUCCCUCCGGAACUCACACUCCAGUAUAGCUGAAAUACAGAAAGAUGUGGAAUAUAGAUUGCCAUUCACCGUAAACAACCUGACAAUUAACAUUAAUAUAUUACUUCCUCCACAAUUUCCUCAGGAAAAGCCAGUGAUCAGUGUUUAUCCGCCAAUACGACAUCACUUAAUGGAUAAACAAGGAGUAUAUGUUACCUCUCCAUUAGUAAGCAAUUUUACAAUGCACUCAGAUCUUGGAAAAAUUAUUCAGAGUCUGUUGGAUGAGUUCUGGAAGAAUCCUCCAGUUUUAGCUCCUACUUCAACAGCAUUUCCAUACUUGUACAGUAACUCAGGUGGGAUGCCCCCUUAUGCAUCUCAGCGCUUUCCAUUUCUUCCUUCGUACUCUCCACAAGAAGCUAACAGGACUAUCACUUCUUUAUCUGUUGCUGACACUGUUUCUUCUUCAACAACAAGUUAUACCACAGCCAAGCCUGCUGCUCCUUCAUUUGGCAUCCUUUCAAGUCUGCCUUUGCCUGUCCCUACAACAGACACUUCAGCACCGAUAAGCCAAAAUGGUUUUGGUUACAAGAUGCCAGAUGUCCCUGAUGCAUUUCCAGAACUCUCAGAACUAAGUGUGUCACAACUCACAGAUAUGAAUGAACAAGAGGGGGUAUUACUAGAACAGUUCCUGACUUUGCCUCAACUAAAACAAAUUAUUACUGACAAGGAUGACUUAGUAAAAAGUAUUGAGGAAUUAGCAAGAAAAAAUCUCCUUUUGGAACCCAGCUUAGAAGCAAAAAGGCAAUGUGUUUUAGAUAAGUAUGAGUUACUUACACAAAUGAAAUCUGCUUUUGAAAAGAAGAUGCAAAGGCAGCAUGAACUUAGUGAGAGCUGUAGUGCAAGUACCCUCCAGGCAAGAUUGAAAGUAGCUGCACAUGAAGCUGAGGAAGAAUCUGAUAAUAUUGCUGAAGAUUUCUUGGAAGGAAAAACUGAAAUAGAUGAUUUUCUGAGUAGCUUCAUGGAAAAGAGAACAAUUUGCCAUUGUAGAAGAGCCAAGGAAGAGAAACUUCAACAGGUGAUUGCAAUGCACAGCCAUUUUCACGCCCCUCUAUAGAUUUUCCCGAAAACAUGAACUGCCAAAAGAAAAAUGGGACACAAAACUAAGCACAUUGUUUUAUAUUUAUGAUUCGCAAGUUGGCAUUUCAUCACAUUGGCUGAAUUCACAGAUAUACAGUACUAUAUAAAUUGUAUAUGGAACGGAGACUGAUUUUGUAUAGUUUAGAAUGAUUGGUAUGAUCUUUUGAGGAAUUUUUCUGCACUAUUUGCACUAAAAAUGUUUAUUUAUUGUUGAUAAAUCCUAUCAUAUUUAAAUUUUACUGCAAUUUCUCUUAUUGAUUAAAUGCCUUAUGCAUGUAAUUUUAGCUAGUUUUCAAUAUUUUAUAAAAUCACUUAAUUUAAAUUUGUAGUUUUAAUUUGAUGUUGCCUCUUUUUUUUUUGAAGAGACAUAAAGGGAUGUAUUAGGCAGAAAUUUCAAGUAUACACUCAAAUAGAGUGCAGGAAAGGGAGAGAGAGAGAGAUCUAAAGUUGCCUCAUUUCUUUGUCAAAAAUUGUGUAUUAGAUUAUUUUACUCUCAACAUUUAAAAAAAAUAUUUUCAACUGUGGAAAUACACUUUUUUUUUCCUGGAUAAUAAAGCCAAUUUAUUUUUAACUAUUCGUAGUGUCAGGAAACACCAAACCCCCCAGUGUGCCAUUUUUAGUCAUAACUUUUAAUGCUUACAAUAAAUCAAGAGAGUAAACCAG